AGGGAGGAAUUUACCAUUUCUGCACCAAUGAAUUCAUUAUCAAGGGAUGCUCAGGUCAAGAUCAUGGAAGGAACGGUGGCCAAUGCUGAGAAGUACCUUGGCCAGUUUUGCACGCUGCUGGCUUCUUACACCCGGAAGACAGCCAGACUGAGAGACAAAGUUGACCUCCUGAUAAGACAGAUCAUGGACUUUGCAAACACAGAGAACCGAGAGAUGCAAAUGUGCCUUAAGGGCUUAGGAGAAGAGUUGUCCAAAGUUCAGGACUAUCGCCAGGCACAGGUGGAGAGAUUGGAUGUUAAAGUUGUCGGACCACUCAAGGCUUAUGGUCCACUGACAAAAUCCAAACGGGCUGAUAUCAAAAAAUUCAACAGUGUCAGAAAUCGUGAAAUUAAAGAACUAGAGCUUCUGCAAAAGGCUGAAGCCAACGUGCAGAAGGCUUCAGUCGAUGUCAACCACACAACACACCAGCUGGAAGAGAUCAUUUUCAAAUUUCAGAAGCAGAAACUCAAGGACCUGAAGGAUAUCUUCACCAACUUUGUGACAAUUGAGAUGAUAUUCCAUGCCAAGGCCCUUGAGGUGUACACAAAUGCCUUCCAGUGUUUGAACAACUUGGAUGAAGGGAAGGACCUUGAGGUGUUUAGGUCAAAGAUCUCCAUUGGUGAACUUGAGAGUGAUGCACGUCCACCUCAGGCUCACAGCACCUUGGCUGCUCGGCACUCUGCAGGCCGACAGGAAAAGGUUUCUGAAGAUGAGCAGGACGAAGAAGAGGAUGAGGCGGAUGAAGUGGAGGAAGUUGAGGAGUUGCAGGAAAUCAGUGAUGAAGAAUAUGAUCAACAGACAAAGAUUAGAAAAUGAGACAUUUAUCACUGACGGCUCCUCCAUUCCCUUCCCAAGAAUAGUUGUUUAUCCAGAAAAACAUUUCUUUACACUGCUCUCACACCAGGUAAUUCCAAUAUUUCAAAUUCAAGUUAACUGUCAUUCAACCAUACAUAUGUAUACAGCAAAACAAAACAUCGUUCCCCUGGGGUCAAGGUGAAAAAUACAGUAAAGUCACACACAGCACAUAGAGUUAUGAUCCAGUAUAUACAGUCACAAAAUAAUAUCAGUACAAAUCCCUGUGUGGCAUGGCCUGAAGCUUGAUAGUUUGACAUAAAUUGUGAGGUGCAUGUUGAUGUAAAGGCUGAUUUAUACUGGUGGGUUAAAUGUACGCCGUAGGUACGGCGUAGCUGCGAACCCUACGCAGUAUCUACGCUGAACCCUACGCCGUAGCCUAACGCGCACCUCUCACAAAAUGUAACUACGCGUCGCGGCGUCGCAGACUGCAACAACUGUGAUUGGUCCGCUUGGUAGCAUCGCAUUUCCUCCUACACUGCAAUAGCUUGCCAUUGGGCGACUGAAGGGCAGGGAAGGAACUCUGGCUGCAAUGCUUUCCAUAAAGCUUUACAGACCUCCGAAAUUAUGGAGGACCCUGUGCUUGACGCCAGUUUGUAGCCAGCUGCUACAGCCUGUUGAUUUCCACCUGAAGCUAAAACUCGAAUGGUGAUCGCCAGUCUCUGAGUAUGCUGUGUGUACACGGAUGCAAAAUAUUUGGUUGGAGACGAUGAACCAAAUCAUCAAAUCUACCUGCCUACAUCCUGUCUUCAUUUCCUCGUCCAUGUCUCUCAGUGGCCGGACAAGUACAGAAAAUUCACCCUCCUUCAGUUUCAGUCGCCAUUGUAUGAAGUUUGAGUUUCUUCGUGUUGAGUUUCAACAUGAAGAAACUCAACGCAGUGGCAUAGAAACCCCACCGCCAACUAGCGUUUUGGCGGUGAAUUGCAGAGCGACGCAGACACACCAACGCACAAUUAUAAAUAAUCACAAUGGCAUAGCCCACUUGCGUAGGCUGUGGCAUAAGCUAGUAAGCACAAGUAUAAAUCAACCUUAAGAUAGCAUAAUGUUACUGGCACUAUCAUGAUGAAACAAGCAGUCCUAUAAAUAUGCAAAACAGCAGCAAUAACAGCUUCAGGUUCCAUUGAGAAUCUGCAAAGCAUUUUACAUUAUUAGUUUGUUUUGUAUUGCUAGUUUCCAAAUUAUUGUUUCUGAGAGUCAGAUGAGUAAAUUGGAUUUUUUACAAACCAUUUGGUAAGGUAAAAAUCAAAAGAACACCUGCAGAUGAUGUAAAUUUGGAAUAAAAUCUGAAGAUGUUGGAAACACACAACAGACCAUUCAGCAUCCGUGGAGACCUCUGAUGGUUUCCAUAGUGUUUCUUUGUUUCAUGACUGUCUGCAGGAUGAAUCGCUGGGUUCUGUACUGCAUACAUAUUUUGAUAAUAACUGUACUUUGAAUUUUUGAAGCUCUGAGAGGAGCAGAAUUAAAGAGUUGUUAGAGCUGGUAAAGUAGGAAGACAAGUUUUAAGUUGCAAAGCAAGCGGGAGAGGGAUGGAGAGGACAAAGGGAAUAUCUGCAAUAGACCAAUGCCAGGAUAACUGAGGAGAUUUCCAUGCUGACAGAACCAUCUGGUUCAGAGGUUAAUGAAGGAAGAUAGAGAUAAAAGAAGGACUAUGUUAGAGUUGUGAAAUGCAGGUCAGAACAGUUGCUGAAUCUGAAGCCAAUGUGAGAAUGUUGGAAAUGGCCAGGACAUUAACAAGUAUCUGUGGAGCAAGAGACCAAGCUCAUAUUAAGAAAGAAGAUACAGGUACUCUACAGAAGAACUGCUACCUGACUAAAGUUAUUGAAUUUGAUAUAGAAUUCCAAUAUCUGCAAUCUCCCAGAUAGAGAAUGAAGUACUAUUCCCCAGACUUGGUUGUUCUUGUUGACUGGUAUUGGAGGUCACGGACAGGUGGAUCAGAACAAGAGUUAAGGCAGUUGUAGCCAACUGAAAGUUUAGCGUCUCUCUUGUGGACUAAUCAGAAAUGUUCUGCAAAGUGGUCACCCAGAUGGUAUUUGGCUUUCUCUGACAUGUUGUAAGUAUUAAAUGCAUUUUUACAUUCUUAUAAUUGUUUAAUAAAACUGUUGAAUGAGUUCUUAAUAAACUAUUGAAGAGAAGUAAGUGAAUCACUUCUUCACCUGCUAGGACUGCUGGGGUAUCUGGAUGGUGGGAAGGGAUGGGUUAAAAGAGAAGUGUUGUGUGAAGGAGUUUGGUUCAUAGAGAUGGAAAAUCAGACCAGAGAGUCAAAAAGGGAAUGGUGCAGUUGAAAGGGGGAAGGGUGGAAGAUGUAUCCAGUGGUGAAAGAUUCUUAAAGGUGACAGGAAGCAUAAAGAUAAUCCAUUGAAAAUUGAGUCAGGUAGGGUAAAAUGACUCCAGCCAGAGAAGAGCUGGAAGUAUAUCUCAUGUACAUUUUGGAAACCAAAUGGAGAUUGGGAGACAGCUUUGUGUAAUGCCUUCGUUCAGUCCAUAAGAAUGGCUGUCACUGUAAUUCCCCACCCCAGUUCUAUUCUGGUCUCCAACAUGAUUCCAGCAAAGUCCAGCCUAACCUCAAGAGAUAUCAGUUCAUUUUCCAAUUAGACCCGUUACAACUUACAAGACUUUGAGUUCACUAAUUGCAGAUUAUCAAUCUUCACAGCUUUAUAUGUUACAUUUCCAACAUUCAGUUCCACCACUUUCUUACUUCUUCUGCUGCUAAUUAUGUAUUCAUCUCUUCACAGAUUGACCUCUUGUUAUCUACUCAAGGCCUUUACCAGCCUCUCUCACCACAUCUAUUAUUAUUUUCGUAAUAUCUCCACACCCAGCCAAUCAAAAACCUUGCUUUUGUUCACUUCUCUCCUCCCCCUGCCGCUGCACCUAACUCCAACCUUUCCCAGUUCUGGUGAAGGUUCAUUAAGCCGAAACACAGCUUCUGUUCCUCUCUCUACAGAGGCUGCCUGAUCUGCUGAACAUUUCCAACAUCUAUGAAAAAGAGUAGCCGAUGUUUCGAGCCGAAAUCCUACAGCAGGAUUGUAAGAAAAA